AUGAACAAAGCAAAACUAAACAACAAAUCACAUAACAUAAUGGUGGCUCAAAAGAAAAUUGCUGGUGUCCUAGGUGCAACCGGGUCCGUUGGUCAACGUUUCAUCUUAUUAUUGGCCGAACAUCCAAGUUUCGAACUUAGAGUCUUGGGUGCAUCUCCAAGAUCCGCAGGUAAGAAAUAUAUUGAUGCAGUCAACUGGAAGCAAACUGAUUUAUUGCCAACUAUGGCUGAAGAUAUCAUUGUCACUGAAUGUAAAUCAGAAUUUUUCAAAGAUUGUGAUAUUGUCUUCUCUGGGUUAGAUGCUGAUUACGCUGGUGCCAUUGAAAAGGAAUUCGUCGAAGCUGGUCUUGCCGUCGUCUCUAAUGCCAAGAACUACAGAAGAGAAGAAGACGUCCCAUUAUUGGUCCCUAUCGUUAACCCAGAACAUUUGGAUAUCGUUUCUAACAAGUUGGAAAAGGCAAAGAGUGAAGGUAAGUCUAAACCAGGGUUCAUUGUCUGUAUCUCCAAUUGUUCCACCGCAGGUUUGGUUGCUCCAUUGAAACCAUUAGUGGAAAAAUUCGGUCCAAUUGAUGCUUUGACUACUACUACUCUACAAGCCAUCUCUGGUGCCGGGUUUUCACCAGGUGUCCCAGGUAUCGAUAUCUUAGAUAACAUUAUUCCAUACAUUGGUGGUGAAGAAGACAAGAUGGAAUGGGAAACCAAGAAGAUCUUGGGUUCCAUUGCAGAGGAUAAGACUCACAUUAAAUUGUUAACUCCAGAAGAAAUUAAGGUUUCUGCCCAAUGUAACAGAGUGGCUGUCUCUGAUGGUCACACCGAAUGCAUCUCUCUUAGAUUUAAAAAUAGACCAGCUCCAUCUGUCGAUGCAGUUAAGCAAUGUUUAAGAGAUUACGUUUGUGAUGCCUUCAAGUUGGGUUGUCAUUCUGCUCCAAAGCAAACUAUUCACGUCUUGGAACAAAAUGACAGACCACAACCAAGAUUGGACAGAAAUAGAGACGCCGGUUACGGUGUUUCUGUUGGUAGAAUUAGAGAAGACCCUGUUUUAGAUUUCAAGAUGGUUGUUUUAUCUCAUAACACCAUCAUUGGUGCUGCUGGUGCAGGUGUUUUAAUUGCUGAAAUCUUGUUGGCUAGAAAUAUGAUCUAA